AGGAGGAGGCGGCCCGGCGGGGGGCGGGGACUCCUCCCAGACCCGCUUCACCUCCUCUCUCCCCACCUACCUGCCCGUCCAAUGCCAGCUAGGAGGCGCCGACUCUGCCUACUUCCUUCGGGACGCCAAUCAGGAAGUCAUGCGGAACGGCAGCCUAUCGUCUCGCACCGAGCGCUUUUUCCUCCACAAGAUGGAGGGCGGCAUGGGAGUCCCGCCCACCCUGCCGUCCGUCAACUGCAGCUAUGGCAACCUGAGUGUGGAGCAGCAGAUCCCAUUGGAGCUGCUGCAGGGCCCGCCCCCGCGUCUCCUGGCCACGCCCAGCCACGCCACGCUGAACUGGAACGUCAAAGGUCACGUGGUGAAGUCCCGGGUGGGGUCGUCCCAGCCGUGGAUACAGGUGCUGUUCUACCUGGCGGGGCGGCGCUGGGACGAGCCCGACCCCCCUCCGUCCUCCGUCCUGCCCUGCGUCCGGGCCCUGGCUAUCCGGGACCCCAGCGAGUCGGGGCCCUCGGCCGGGUGCCGGCUGGUGGGGGUCCCCGGCGUCUGCGUGGUCCGCCUGGACCUCCCCACUGCCUGGUUCUCCUCGCCGCAGUCGAGGAAGCGGCCGUCAGAGUCGGUCCUGCACGCCGUGGACGUGUACUACUCCAUCGUGCCGGUGGAGGGGCCCGGGGACGAGUGCCCCUCCAUCGUCAACAAGCCCUGGAAGGGCAUGAGCACGCACAUGGGCCAGAUGGGAGCCCUGGGCCUGGGGAUGGGCGGCGGGCAGUGGAGCCCCCUGGUGGACGGGGGGCUCCAGGACAUGCAGAGAGUGGGCGCGGUGACGCUGGUGACGGGCCCGGCGGCGGCCAAGGGGGAGCGGCUGAGGCUGGACGAGAACCUGGAGGUUCUGGUGCCACCCAGCCCGGUGCGGCCGGGGAAGACGGUGGCCUUUGGCGUCCACAUGAGGAGGGACUCCAACGUGGAGCGGUUCACGCUGAGGGCAUGGUUCCAGGCAGGCAUCAACUUCCUGGCCGUGCGGCCUAGCAACCUUGUUGCCUGGGAGAUCAAACAGGAAAUUACUACAGGAAGCAGUUCUCUGGCGGUGCUGUGUCAGAGGAAGGCAUACUCCACGGCAGAAAGGGUGGACGGCUCGUGGUACGAGGUCAUGCAGCUGGACUUUGAGGUGGACAACGUCAUCAACCUGGUGCCCACCCAGACACUCCACUGGCAGGUGGAGUACCGCCCGCCGCCAGCGGGGGGCCAGAGCCCUCCCACCACGGAGAGGGCCACCCACCUCUACAUCGGCAAUGCAGACAUACAGGGCAUCGUACCACUGGCCGAGGACACAGAUGUGGUGAACACGGCCAUUCUUACUGGCCGCCGCGUCUCCCUGCCGGUCAAACUGGUUACCGUGGAAACGGACGGCCGAGUGAGGGAGGUGGAUGACUCAGUCACCUGCAGCUCCACAGACAUUGAUGUGGUCAAGGUGUCUCCCGGCUGUGACCAGGUGCUGGUGAACGGUAAGGAGAUGCGGGGCCGUCAGUCCCUGGCGGUCAACUUCACCUACCUGCACCUGACGGCCGUGCUGCGGCUCAGCGUCUGGGUGCCGCGGCUCCCCCUGCAGAUCCACGUCUCCGACACCGAGCUCAGCCAGGUCAAGGGCUGGAGGGUGCCCAUCGUCACCAACAAGAGACCCACUCGGGACAGUGACGAUGAUGAGGACGACGAGAGGAAGGGAAAAGGCUGUGCCCUCCAGUACCAGUACGCUCUGGUCCGGGUGCUCACCCACUUUGUGGCCGAGCCUGCCGACCCGGGAGGGGACAUGGUGUACAUGCUGGGAAGCGGCUGGCAGGCGGACAUCACAGACCUGGUACUGGACCAGCUGAAGGUGGAGCACCCUCGUAUCGCCAAACUGAUAGAAGGACGCAUUCUGAUGGGCAGGGACCUGGGAAUCACCACCAUACAGGUGCUGUCACCUCUGUCUGACUCCAUCCUGGCAGAGAAGACCGUCACCGUGCUGGAUGACAAGGUGACCAUCACAGACCUGGGGGUGCAACUGGCGGCGUCCCUGUCUCUCAGCCUGACGGCCUCCCCCGGGGGGAGCUACCAGGCUAUCACGCUGACCGCCAGCGCUACCGACCUGCUGCACGCCCCCAAACAGGAGGCCGCGAUCACAGCGUGGAUCCAGUACAGCGACGGCUCGGUGACGCCGCUGGACAUCUACGACCCUAAAGACUUUCUCCUGUCGGCGGUGUCCCUGGACGAGGGAGUUAUCUCCACCAUCAACCAGGAUCAGCGCUGGCCCACGGUCGUGGCGGAGGGGGAGGGCCAGGGCCCGCUGGUCCGCGUGGAGAUGGUCAUCUCCGAGACCUGCCAGAAGUCCAAGAGGAAGAGCGUGCUGGCCUCCGGCGUGGGCAGCGUCACGGUGAAGUGGGGCCCGGCCAGCGAGGAGAAGGGCAGCGAGGAGGCGGCGGGAGGCCGGGCGCAGGAGGAGGGCGGCGGAGGAGGAGCGGCAAGAGGCGUGGACAACAGCACCAGAAGCAAGGUCACCACCACUACCAAGAGCACAGUGACCCAUCGCACAGCGGGCGGUAAGCCAGGCAGCGGAGGGGGCAGCAGCGGCAGCAGCAGCAGUGGUCGUGGCGGAGGCCCCGGACAAACCGGGGACUAUAGUAGCUACCCUGCCCAAGUGGAGGUGCCCGGAACUGGGGAGAACAACGUGGUCACGAGAGGCCUUUCAGACCUGGAGAUCGGGAUGUAUGCUCUACUGGGAGUGUUUUGCUUGGCCAUCAUGGUGUUUCUCAUCAACUGUGUCAGCUUCGCCUUCAGGUACCGCCAUAAGCAGCUCCCCGUGCUGGAGACGGGCGGCAACAUGAACCACGCACACGACUGGGUGUGGCUGGGCAACGAGGCUGACAUCCUGGCCGACCCGGGCGCCCACGCUUGCCAGGGGCCCCUGCCGGACGAGUGCACCACCAUCAUCGAUCGCAGCGAGGGGGGCUACGAGGAGAACAAGUACCUGCUGAACGGGGCGGGCGGCUGCAUGGUGGUGGGCGUCGGCCCCAUGGGGGGCCACCGGGGCGUGGCCCACAGCCAGACCCUGCCCCGCUCCGUCCCCGAGCCGCGGGGCCAGUGCCUGGCGGGGAUGCCCGUCAGCGGGAAGGACGCCAGCGGCAAGUCGGAGCCACUCAACAACUCCCCGCGGGCCGCCGCCGCCGCUGCCGUGGCCGCCAAGCGCAAGCGGGUCAAAUUCACGUCAUUCGCCACGGUGAUGCCCAACGACGGGGGUGGGGGAGGAGGGGGGGGGAGCCCAUAUGGAAACCCUUCAGUGCGAGUGGGCAACGGCAACGAGGACGACAUCAAGUGGGUGUGUCAGGACAUGGACCUGGGCCAAUCGGAGAUCCGAACAUACAUGGAGAGGCUCCAAGACAAUCUGUGAUUGGUUGGGGCGGGGUCCGAGGCUAAUAA